GCCAGCGAGUAGCACCUUCACCGGCAGCGCGCGUUCUUGCUCGGGUCUCGUCUGGGAAGAAAGAUUCCGGCACCGAGAGAGGUCGACGACUCGCCUUUUGGAAAGGCUUUGUGUUCUUCUGAGGACCUUGCAUCUCCAGUAGAUUGGGCACGUCCACUGUUCCCAGGACCAGAGCAUCGCACUAGGCAAAGCAGAGGUAGGAGGAGCUCGGGCCGGCCAAUGGCCAUCACGGAGAAGAUGGACGCUCGCGGCGGAGAUGCAUCGGCCAUUGCUCUGCUGCUGCUGCUGCUGUGCGCUUGCUUUCUCACCACCCUUGCAUGUGACGGCAAUGGUGCGAAGUUUGGGUACAGCGGUUCUCUUGGCCCCGGGCACUGGGGGGGAUUGGACCCCAACUUCACGCGCUGCGCCAUGGGGACGUACCAGUCUCCGGUUGAUAUCAAGACCAGGGAGGUAGCUUACAACCCCAUGUUGGGGCCUCUUCACAGGGACUACACCGCUGCGAAUGCUACCCUCGUAGACAACAUCUUCAACAUCGCGCUCCGAUGCGAGGAUGCUGCCGGGACGGUGCAGAUCGACGGUGUCAAGUACAAGCUGGACAACAUCCACUGGCACUCUCCUUCGGAGCACACCAUCAACGGCGAGAGGUUUGCGGUGGAGCAGCACAUGGUUCACUUCAGUGAGGACGGCAACAUAUCCGUUGUGUCGAUCCUGUACCGGCUCGGCAGGCAAGACCCUUUUCUUAUGCAGCUGCAGGAUAAGCUAUCGGAGCUCUAUGUGGAGGCCUGCAGGGCCGAGAAAGGUGCUCCCAUCCCCGCCGGAGUCGUAAGCCUGUGGCCGCUGCGGAGUUACGCCAACAUGUACUACCGGUACGUCGGGUCGCUGACCACGCCGCCGUGCACCGAGAACAUCAUCUGGAACAUCCUCGGCAGGGUGAGGGAGAUGACGAUGGAGCAGGCCGCCGCCCUGAUCGCGCCCCUGGAGGAAGGCUACAGGCGCAACAACAGGCCGACGCAGCCGCUCAACGGCCGCACCGUGCAGUUCUAUGGCAGGUUCUGGAAGAAGAAGAGGAACGGGACGCCGUAAGCAUGGUGGAUGAUGAUGUCUGGAGACGAUGAUGAUUUUGCAGUGUCUCGUCUUUGCUCUCGGUUCGGGAGAAAGUUAUAGUAGUCGUUUAUUUCUGCAAGUCGUGUUAGCAUAUAUAUAUAUAUAUGGGUCUAGUCUGGGCACUGAAUUUGGUUAACUAAAUGUAAGGUCUUUGGUGUCUGUAAAUGGGUCCGGGAGGGUUGAUGUGAUCGAUCCUUCUUUUGUCUACAAAAAGUUUAGCUAAUCAACAAAGUUUCCCUUUACGAUCAAGUGAUGAUCAUAAAAA